AUGACCUCAAACACACAGACCGACGCUGAAGCCCUGAAGCAACAAGUUUCAGAACUUUCUCUACAGAUCUCCCAAAUUUCCGCCAAACUAACUCACCGCUCUCGCUCAACUUCACGCUCUCAUCCUACACGUUUACGUUCAUCCUACAACCGUGACGAGUCUACAUGGAUCUGCCGAUACCAUCGAAAGUUUGGCUCAAAGGCACAUAACCUGACCCACAAGCGUUUCUUAGUCGAUACUGCUGCUGAAGUCAGCGUCUUACCUUCUUCAUCUAAGGAACGUCACUCAACCACGGCUCUUGCACUUUGUGCGGCAAACGGGUCUCGAAUCCUCACUUAUGGCAAUCGUUCCAUGACGCCUAACCUAGGUCUUAGACGCACGUUUCGCUGGGUACUUUUAAUAGCCGAUGUACAAACUGCUAUCCUAGGGGCUGAUUUUCCCACACACUUUGGUCUUCUAGUAGACGUGAAAGGUCGCAGACUGGUGGAUCAAGCAACCAAUUUGAGCGUCGCUGGAAUCCAGUGCUGUUCAAAGCCUCCUGCAAUCAAGGUCCUCACCCCCGAUUUAGCUGGCCCAUAUGCUGCCCUGAUCAAGGAAUACAAAUACUUAUUCCAACCUUUAGCUUUUCCAACGCAACUGCAUCACGAGGUCACACACAAGAUUCUCACCACCGGAAACCCUGUGUCAUCGCGUCCUCGUCGUUUAGCACCAGUCAAGCUGACUACAGCCAAACCUUGGCCAAAUUCGGAUAGCACGCAAACUCGACCAUUGGAGCGGGACCGCAGAGCAGGACAAGUGUAUCGUUGCCCGGCGGAUACAGAUGUUCAGACAGAACAGAUUCCGUCACGUAGCCAGAGCUGUAUGUCCAAUCUGACGGAGGUUGGGAUAAAGUGGAUAGAGCAACGGAAAGACACAUCUCAGUCUUGA